AUGGCCGAAUUCACAAUCCGAGUCUAUAAGAACAAAGACUACAAUGCUGUCCGGAUGAUGUUUGCUGAGGGGAUGCUGGAGCACAUUCCGGCCACUUGUGCCUACUUGUUGAAGCUCCCCCGGGCACAGUUUAUCCUCUUCAUCUCCUUUAUCAGCCUCCUUUUAGUCUCCAGGUCCUACUUGCUCUCUCUAGUCAGCCUGGCUGUCGUGUUCACGGGAGGUCGCCGUGUGCUGACCAGAGAGUACCACCAGUACGUAGAUCGAUGUCAACGAGAAGACUUGCUGGACAUUGAGGAGUCUUACAUGGCAAGCAACAACUCCUGCUUCUGGGUGGCAGAGUCCAACGGCCGAGUUGUUGGGAUGGUCGGCGUCCAAUCUGCCCCUCGUUCUAGCAAAGUGAUGCAGCUCAAACGUCUAUCGGUGGCCAAAGACCAGAGGCACAAAGGCAUCGCCAAAGCCCUGUGCACAAAGGUCACUGACUUUGCUCGUCAACGAGGGUACCAAAUGGUGACACUGGAGACAUCCAUGAUUCAACACGCAGCUCAUAAGUUAUACGAAACAAUGGGAUUUCAGAAGACCAACGAUGAGAUCUUCCCGUCCUUCCUUGGAAGAUUUGCAAACUUCUCCAUCCUGACUUAUGAGUAUAAAAUCCUAGAUUAA